AUGCCCUUCAUUGAAAUGAUGCCUCUGAAAUAUAUGAAUGAUAUCAGAGAGAUGGUCAGUGAAUAUGCUCAACAGUUAAAUCUCUCUGCGAUGAUAUUCAAGGGCUUUGGGAUUUCAACAUCUGCUAAAGUAACUACAUGGUUGGAAUUUCACUCAGUGAUAUUUGGUGUGGAGGGUUCAUAUUAUGAAAGCUCUUUCACCAACUCAAAAGCGUAA